CCUCUUUUUCUUCAUCGCAGUCAGUGCCCACAAUUUCUUUAUUGACAUGAGUUAGAAAUAAAAUCUUUCGACAUAUAUGUGCCUAACGCGUGGCCCCGACAAUGUUCAUCCCUGCAUCAUCUCAUAUAGCAUUUAAUCUCGUUUAAUUCCAUUUUUUUUCUAAUCCGCUUAUCCUACCCAAGUGAUCAAGGACCUUUCAUUCCAAUAAAUAGAUGUUUGAUUACCCAAUAUGAUACAUGGUUCUUUCGUUGGAAUUAGUGAGUAACUAAUGACUGAAAGAACUAUGAGUCCGUUGAAAAGUAUGGCGACGAACUGAGAGAUAUUAAUCCAAAGUGAACGAAGGCCUGAACAAAAUUGAAAUUAAACAAGAAUUAAUAUGGUCCAACCAUCAGGAGACGUUCCCUGGGGAAUAAAGUUGAUCUACUGGAUCAGCGAGAAAUGCUGUCGAAAUCGUAGAGUGAAUAAAUUAGCGUGGUAUCGUGGAGGUGUUCUAGCACUCACGUACAUGGCAUACACGUGCUACCAUAUGUCAAGAAAGCCCAUUUCUGUUGUCAAAAAUGUUUUUAAUCUGAACUGCAGUACAUUGUCACCUCCACCUGAUAUUAUCAUAGAUGACAACAACAAGGACACUUGGUGUGAUUGGGCACCGUUUGACACCCCUGACGCUCCUGCUCUCCUUGGAACUCUGGAUUCGGCCUUUUUAUUCGCGUAUGCAGCAGCCAUGUUCCUCAGUGGAUUCGUUGCUGAUAGAGUGAAUUUAAGAUAUUUUUUAUCUCUGGGAAUGCUGCUGUCAGGAAUAAGUAGUUAUUUAUUGGGAAUUUCUAAAGCAUACGAGAUCCACAGUCUCGGGUAUUUCAUCCUCAUUCAGGCAAUGGGUGGUGUAUUCCAGACUACCGGAUGGCCUGGUGUAGUAACGGUCAUAGGUAAUUGGUUCGAGAAGGGAAAAAGAGGUCUAAUUUUUGGAGUUUGGAACUCUCACACAUCGUUGGGAAAUAUUCUGGGAACUUUGAUAGCAGCUGAGUAUGUGGAGACAAAUUGGGGAAUGAGUUUUAUUAUUCCGGGCGUUGGCAUUGGCAUAGCUGGUUUUAUAAUAUUUUUAUUUUUGACACCCUAUCCCCAAGAUGUAGAUUGCCUCAUACCGAGUCAGCCUCGGUUUAAAAAAUUGAAUGCCACUAGUUCAGACGAAGGCACAUCUGGUGAAGACAAUGAUAUACGACACAGACAAGCUGAAGACCAGAUCACGCAUCGCUGUAGCUGGCAUCAGCAUGUUAACCAUCCUGACGCAGCUCAUUUACAAUCUGAAACGAGCCCUAUGCUACCAGGGAACAGACGGAGUCGGAGUUGCGGUAAUGAACGAGCAAUUGGAUUUAUCGGAGCGGUGCAAAUUCCUGGGGUUGUGGAAUACUCGUGUUCAUUAUUCUUUUCAAAACUUGUGAGCUAUACAUUUUUAUACUGGCUGCCACUCUACAUUAAUGCUUCAACAACCUACAGUCCAACAUUGAGCGCUGACUUAUCAAUUUUAUUCGAUGUGGGUGGUAUUGCUGGAGCUAUUGCAGCUGGAAUUCUAUCUGAUUACACUGGAAUGAGUGCAGUUACCUGUUCUGGAAUGUUGAUUCUCGCUGUACCCAUGCUCUUCAUUUAUGACUCGACGGGAAGUACAAAUCUGGGAACAAAUGUAGUAUUACUACUGGUCACUGGAGCCCUUGUAAACGGUCCAUACGCCUUAAUAACAACAGCCGUAUCCGCUGAACUAGGAACUCAUAAAAGUUUGGGUGAUGAUUCGAAGGCUCUUGCAACGGUGACUGCUAUUAUCGAUGGUACUGGCAGUAUUGGUGCUGCUGUCGGGCCACUGUUAGCUGGACUAGUCUCACGGUGGAUGGGCUGGCACAAUGUAUUCUACAUGCUAAUGGCUGCUGAUGCAUUAGCCCUAUUAUUCCUUACCAGGCUCACGUACAGAGAUUUACGGGGAAUGAGACAACGACGGUUGGCCGUGUAGAAGAUAUUAAAAAUGAUAUUCUUAAUUCAAUUACUUAUUUUUCUUCUAUAUUCCUUUACGCCUUAAUCUCAAAAUAUCAGGCGACGAUAUGGUCGAGAGGAGUAAUAAAGCAAUGUAUUGUAUAAUAAAUAUUUUUUUGAAAAAAAA